GUUUAUCCUGCGCCCGUCGCGCCGCUGUGUUUUCAGCGACGAGCGGAGAUGGCGAGCGGUCGAAAGAACGCUCUAAUUUGGUCUUUAGCGGAAUAUGGGGACGGUUCGGACCCCGACUCCGACCCUGAACCAGAAGAUACAGGAGGACGGGUUGGAGGCCUCGUCUACGGCUACGGGGAGGACGAUCUGAACCGGACCGAGGAUGUUGAAGAUAAAGAAUCUGGAAAUGAGGACAGCCGGGACAGCAACUCGGAUAUGGACGAAUCAGACGAGGGGAGGGACCCAGAUGAUGUGGAGACACCAGACGCAGAGAAGAAGGACCCCAAUGAGCUUGUUGCCCUGUUCUCAGAGAAGGUGAGGAACAUGUUGCCCGAUGACAUCAGAAUCCCCCCCGAGCCUGCAGGGCGCUGUUCGAGUCAACUACAGGAGAAGAUCUUCAAGCUGUACGAGAGACGAGUCCACGGAGACUUCGACACAAACAGCCACAUCCAGAAAAAAAAGGAGUUUAGAAACCCCAGUAUUUACGAGAAACUUAUUCAGUUCUGUGGAAUAGACGAGCUGGGGACGAACUACCCGAAAGACAUGUUUGACCCUCACGGCUGGUCAGAAGACUCCUAUUACGAAGCCCUGGCCAAAGCCCAGAAAGUGGAGAUGGACAAGCUGGAGAAGGCCAAGAAGGAGCGGACCAAGAUCGAGUUUGUCACAGGAACUAAGAAAGGCUCCAACGCCUCCAGCACAGCAGCCUCCACCACCAGCAGCAGCACCACCACCACAGCCACAGCAGACGCCCAGAAGAGGAAGAGCAAGUGGGAUUCUGCGAUCCCGGUCACCCUGGCUCAGCCCCCCCUCAUCACCACCACAGCGACCCUUCCUGCGGUCGUCUCGGUAACCACCACGUCCACCGGAGCAAAGACCACGAUCAUCUCUGCAGUGGGCACCAUCUUAAAGAAGGCAAAGCAGUGAAGAGGAGCGAGCCCAAGGGGUGGCAUGUUGGACUACAGCAGCGAUGCACUGAAGGCCAUCCUGUAGCUGGAAGAGCCGCGUUAGCGUUCAUGCUAAGACCCUCUGCUGAGCACGGACUCAUCUGAACACUGGACUGGCUUCUGUACCCGCCACUGGAUCUGAGCCGCUGCAUCUUAAAGCCAAAAUUACACGUUAGCGGUGAUAUCUUUGUCAGGUGCACACAGAUCGGUUUGUUUUAAACGUGUUUUUAUAUUUCGGCAACACUUGGUAAUUAAAUACAGUUUAAACGGAAUAUGGUCCUAAACAGACUGGUUGAAAUGUCUGAAAGCUGUUUAUUUUUAUAUCCGUAGCUGAUUAGUAAAACGUAGUCCGGCUUUCUCUGUCAGUCGCCUGCAAACUUGUUUUGUUGUGCUUUUGUUUGUGACCUAGUGAAAGAUUUUUUUACACUUCUACGUAUGUAUUCAUUGUAAGAGGAAUAAAUGAAUCGGAUGUUUCCCUUU